AGCCACAGGCAGCUUGUCAGGAGAAUCUACUCCCACCAGCACGGGCAGCGGAAGUAAACCUCGUGGUAAUACUUCAAGUGGGAACUCUAUGAAGGAAACGAAGAUUGAUAUCAUAGCAGAAAAACCUGCUUUGGGCGCAGAUCCGGGUGCGCCUGAUAAUGUCGAGUUGAAUGAUGAGGAUGGGCACAUGACAAAAGGUAAGAGGUCCAUUUAG